AUGUCCUCGUUGCUGGAUCCUCUGGCGCAGUGGCUGGAAGCAAAUGCCAUCCAGGGUGAGCUGGAGGCCUACGUGAGGAAGCACGCAGCAGCUUUCGCUGAGCGCGACGAGUAUGACCAUGCCUGCUUCGACAUCUACAGAGGCUACGAUGCCUUGGUGCGGAGGAUCCUGACAGAGUUUCUGGAGGAGAUUCGCAGCGACGCGCACCUCUGCGCAGUGGGCAGCCAGGCGACGCCGGAACGGUUGUUGAGCGAGCUGCGCCAGGAGGGAGCGGCACUCCGGCGCGAUGCAGCAGGAAAGCGCCUCCAGGAACUGCUGGAAAUCACCAGCUUUGAGGAGUUCGCCGCUGCCGCAGGGCGGCUGCGCCGGCAAGCGGAGACAGAGGCGGCGUGCCUUUUGGCAGGCAUGGCGGUGCGAGUGGCUGGAGGCGCCUCCAGAGCCUCUCCAGACGCCCGGCUAGAAGCCCUUGAGCCUGACGCCUUGCGCGCCUUCGGCCCGCCACGUCGAUGA